CCAUUUUUUCGGAUCUUUGUUUCCCAAAUCGACACACGCAGCUCUCUCUCUCUCUCUAUCUCUCACCUGCAUACGUAGUUUUCUCUCUCAUGUCGUGAUUCCUAGAUUUGAAUUUUGUCUUCUCAAUUCUCAGCUAAUCUCAAUUGAGGUGUGGCAUUUGUGUGGGAGCUGGUUAGGUUAGAAUUAUGCAGGAAAAGUUGAAAUUGAGAAUGAGGAAUGUAGAAUAGGGAGAAAAAGGGUUUGAUUUGGGGAGAAAUUAGUAGUUGAUUAGUGUUUUAGCGACUGGUUUUGUGAUCUUGUAUCCGUGAUGAAAAACAAAAACAAGAUGUUUAACAAAAUAAUGAAAAGGGGGAAAAAGGCCUCCAAGGAAUCGGCUGAGGCACCGGUUCCUGCACCGGCAGCUCCGCCGUCUGCGGUGACGGUCAAUCACGCAUCACGGACGAGUGUGACGCCGAAGCCGACGGCUGGUCCAGUCGUCCCACCGAGGCCUACAACGGUGGAGGUCUUGCCGAAUUUGAAGGACACCCCGAUUAAUGAGAAACACGGGGUAUUCAUCAGGAAGGUCCACGUGUGCUGUUUCUUCUUCGAUUUUGUGGAUACGAUGAAGUCUGCGCGGGAGAAGGAGAUCAAGAGGCAGACGCUCGCGGAGCUUAUUGACAUUGUGCAGACGGGGUCGUGUAAAAUGAAUGAGAUAAUGCAAGAUGAGAUGGUAAAGAUGAUAGCUUUGAAUAUAUUCCGGUGCUUGCCACCUGCAGCGCACGAGAUUACUGGCGGACCAGGUGGAGAUCCGGAGGAGGAAGACAUGUAUAUGGACCCGUCCUGGCCUCAUUUGCAACUAGUUUAUGAGUUGCUUCUGAGAUAUGUGGUGUCGUCUGAUACAGAUGCUAGGAUUGCAAAGAGAUACCUCAAUCACUCAUUUGUGUUAAGGUUGCUUGAUCUGUUUGAUUGUGAGGAUAUACGAGAGAGGGAGUAUUUGAAGACUAUUCUUCAUCGGAUGUACGGGAGGUUCAUGGUUCAUCGUCCCUAUAUAAGGAGUGCGAUGAACAAUAUCUUGUACCGUUUUAUAUUUGAGACGGAGAGGUAUGGUGGGGUUAACGAGUUAUUGGAGAUUAUUUCGAGUAUCAUCUAUGGGUUUUCAGUGCCAAUGAAAGAAGAACAUAAGUUGUUUCUUAUACGAGCACUUAUUCCGUUACACAAACCUAAAUGUGUUGCUUCCUACCAUCAGCAGUUGUCCUACUGUAUGACGCUAUUCGUUGAGAAAGAUUACAGGUUGGCUGACAUCGUUAUUCGGGGGUUGCUGAAGUGUUGGCCUAUCUCAAACUGUGGCAAAGAGGUUCUGUUUCUUGGGGAGUUAGAAGAGAUUUUGGAGUUCACCCAAUCUUUAGAGUUCAAGCGUUGUAUGGUUCCUUUGUUUAAACAAAUCGGACGAAGCAUCAGAAGCCCGCAUUUCCAGGUGGCUGAACGAGCUCUUUUUUGGUGGAACAACGAACACAUAGUUGCCUUGAUAGCAGAGAAUCGACAUGUUAUUUUACCAAUCAUUUUCGACCCACUGGAGAAGAAUAUACAAUAUCACUGGAACCAGGCAAUCAAUGGCUUGAGCAGCAAUGUUCGAAGGAUGUUCGUGGAGAUGGACUGUGAGCUAUAUGAACGGUGCCAGAGACAGUACGAGGAGAAGGAGAUAAUGGCAGAGAAGUUGGAAGAGAGACGCAUCACGACUUGGAAAAGACUGGAAGAGGUAGCUGAUGAGGCCGCUUAAGGAGACGACAAAGGCUCUCAUUUAGUGAUCUUUAGGUGGGCUUUUAAAAUAUACUUUCAAGAACAAGAACAUUGAUUGAUGGCUUCUGGAUUUGGCAAGACCAGAUGCUCGGGAGAUGUAGAAUUUCAGCGACUUCCUUUGGCUGGUUGCUUGCUACCACGAGAGCUGGAAGGAAAAGAAAAAGAUCCGAAGAAAGGAGGUACGGUACGACACAUCAUUUUUUUUCAUUUUUAAAACAUUUUUGUUUCUUUAUCCAAAUAAUGGCCAACUAUUUGAACAGAAAAAAUCAAGGAUCAGGCUGUUGUUUAGUCUUUUCAAGAGCUUUGUAGAUAAUCAUUCAUCCACUCUUUGACAAUUUGAUUAUAGAAAUAUACUAAAAGAUUUGGAUCCAUUUAAAUUUUGAA